GGGAGAUCUCGCGAUAUUUCCUCGCUUGACUAAACGCCACGUCGGUUUUCGGAAAGUAGGAGAGCAUCAGCUGUGCAGCGGGUUCUGGCGGUUUUGAGGAAAUCCUUCAGACGAAUAGCCUUACGGUGCCGAGCGCGGUCAGCAGACAGGUGAGAUGAGGGCCCUUCCUCUGUCUGUGCUGCUGCUGGUGUUUGGGUUAGCAGUGUUAACAUUCCAGCUAACCGGUGCUCACGACCACGGUCAUGCCCACUCGCAUGGCCAUCACAGACACCACCAUGAGCAUUCUCAUGGUGAGGGUGGUUGCCAUGGGCACCAUCAUGGGCAUUCUCAUGGCGAAGGUGGUUGCCAUGGACACUCCCAUGGUGAUGGUGUGAAGAUGCACCACGGUGCCAGCAAGUGGAGCGCACAAGCAAACAUGCAGCAUACAGAGGAGGAGGAGCUUCAGCACGACCACGGACAUGACCUCGACCACGGACAUGACCUCGACCACGGACAUGACCUCGACCACGGACAUGACCACGACCACGGACAUGACCACGACCACGGACAUGACCACGGACAUGACCACGGACACGACCACGGUCAUUCACACGACCACGGUCACUCACACGACCACCGGCACACCCACAGCCAUGGUACCGGUGAAGAGAGGGUGAAGAGAGAUGCGGAGGGCGAGAGACGGAACACGGUGGAGCUGUGGAUGCAGGCAGUCGGAGCCACUCUGCUGAUCAGCGCUGCACCCUUCCUCAUCCUCUUCCUCAUCCCCGUCCAGUCAAACACGGAUCAACACCAGAAUCUCUUGAAGGUUCUGCUCAGCUUCGCUUCUGGGGGGCUGCUGGGGGACGCCUUUCUACACCUCAUCCCACAUGCUCUUGAACCCCACUCUCACCAUGGAGACGAGGGCCACGGUCACUCCCAUGCCAGCGAGGCGUCACACGGUCACUCUCACGGUGCAGCUCAUGAUCACAUGAUGUCUGUAGGUCUCUGGGUGCUGGGAGGUAUCGUGGCGUUCCUGGUGGUGGAGAAGUUUGUUCGUCUGCUGAAGGGGGGACACUCUCACUCUCACUCUCAUGCUGCCCCAAAAACAAAAGACAGCGAUGGAGAAGAGAAAAAGGAUGAUGUGAAAAAAGGAGACAAAGAAAAAAAAGACAAGAAGGCGAAGAAAGCAAAGGCGGAGAGCUCAGACAUUAAAGUGUCUGGCUACCUGAAUCUGGCAGCUGAUUUCACUCACAACUUCACGGAUGGUCUUGCUAUCGGAGCAUCCUUCCUGGUUAGUCCAGCGGUCGGCGUGGUAACUACUAUCACCAUCCUCCUGCAUGAGGUGCCGCACGAGAUCGGAGACUUCGCCAUCCUCGUCCAAUCAGGAUGCACCAAGAGGAAGGCGAUGUUUCUUCAGCUCCUCACUGCUAUUGGUGCGUUAGCUGGGACGGCCUGCUCCCUUCUGGCAGAGGGGGUCGGCGCUGCCGCCACGGCCUGGAUCCUCCCCUUCACGGCCGGCGGCUUUGUUUACAUUGCCACAGUUACCGUCCUUCCAGAGCUGCUGGUUGGCCGCUCAAGUGUGGGCCAGUCGUUGAUGGAGAUCAUUGCUCUGCUGUUCGGAGUCGGGAUGAUGGUGCUGAUCGCAGAGUAUGAGUGAGGAAGGACGGAGGUUAAAGAACAGAUGCACAGCAGGGGGAAGAGGGAGAGCUGAAGACGGGGUGUUUGGCUGUUAGAGACUCAGGGGAUAUAAAGUACAAAAGAGAACGAUGUUUAAAUGUUACCAUUGACAACUAUUGAUGCAUGUAUGAUGAGUGAAAAUGGAGGCCUUCUGAAAGAGAACUGCACUAAAAAGUCCAAAGACCCUGCAUUCAUCCGCUCAACCAGCUCCCACAGGGACCAGCAGUGUGGGGCUUGUGGGUUGGAUGCUUAAUCAUAAUUCCUAAAUAUGUCCUAGAAAUAGGAGUGAAUUACUGUCAGCACGCAUUUAAGGAGGCUAUGCUUGAGCGCACUUGCUUUGCUUAAAUAUCAUAUCAUAUCAAAAUGAUGUGGAAUAACGAUGUGAUUUGUUUUUAUAAAGAUUUACUUCACCUGUUUAGGACAGUAGUGCUGCGUUUACAUGUUGGCGGUGGAUAUACCAUCAUUUCCAGUGGUGCCGCAGCAGUGAGUGGAACGUUUUGUCAAAAGUUCUGUUUUCCCUACUAUAGCUGUUCACUGCAACAGUGGGAAAAAAAAUGCAUAUUGAUUUUUUUGAGAGCCAUGAAUGCCAAACAUCUCGUCAAAUCCCGAACAAACCCUGUAUUAUACAACACAAAAUAAGAGUACAGAGCGUCCUCCUGCCUAUUCCCACCUCAUUCCCACUUUUUUUUCUUUUUUUAAGGAAACCAUGCCAGUUUGCAUGGCUUUACUCUGCAUGCUUUACUCUGCUAUUGCUCGCAUCGGUUCUCUCAACGCCAACAUGUAAAUUCAGCAUAAUAUUUUUGGAAAAUACUUGCUUCACACUACUUUAUAGACGGUGAAAUGCCUUGCUUGACUCUCUCUGGAAAGCUCCUUCUCUUUGGUUGAUUAAAAAAGCUGUUCAUACUGUAAAAAAAUGGUUCUUCAAGGGUUCUUUACUGACCAUAAUGGUUCCAUGUAGAACCAUGAACACUUGAAGAACCAUUUGCAUGCUUAAAGGGUUGCUUGCAAGGUGAAAGGAUUCUUCAGG